AUGGAAAAGGAAGUAACAGAAGACCUAUGGCGGUUGAGAUUGGAAGACGUCGGAGAACUGAUCAGUUAUUUCCCAGACGAUAAAUACAUAAGUCUUCGAAAGCUCGGAAAAAAAUUAGCUUCAGCACAUUUUAAAAACAACGGAAAAUUUCCGAAACACUUUAUCUUUGGUGCGUCUACUUCGGCUUAUCAGAUUGAAGGAGCCUGGAACGUCGAUGGUAAGGGUGAAAGUAUUUGGGAUCAUUUUGUUCAUCAAAAACCUUCUCGAAUAUUCGACAAUAGCACGGGAGACGUUGCGUGUGACUCAUACCACAAAUAUGAAGAAGAUGUUGGUCUUGCAGCUAACUUGGGUAUUUCACUUUAUAGAUUUUCCAUCUCCUGGUCUAGGGUUCUUCCUACAGGAUAUUCGAAUGUAAUUAAUGAAAGAGGUUUACAGUAUUACAAGAAUUUGGUUAAAGAAAUACGUUCUCGUAAUAUGAUUCCAGCAGCGACCAUAUAUCAUUUUGACCUUCCACAAAAACUCUUCGAAGAUGGCAUUGAUUGGAGAAAUCCUAAAUUGAUAAAUCAUUUCGAAAAUUACGCUAGAAUAAUAAUUCGAAGUCUACCUGAAGUAGGAGUCUGGUUUACCAUAAAUGAACCAAGGCAAAUAUGUUUAGGUGGCUACGGUAUAGGAUUCUUAGCACCUGCUAUUGAUGGUGAUUUUCAAUAUCAAUGCAAUUACGUACUUCUCAAAGCUCAUGCUGCUGUUUAUCAUAUGUAUAAAACCGAGUUUCCACAUUAUAAAGCUGAAAUGGGUUUAGUGGUAGAUUGCGAUUGGAUGGAACCCAAAUCUAAUUCUUCAGCUGAUAAGGCAGCGGCGGAGAGGCAACUGCAAUUUGAAUGUGGUAUGUAUUUCCAUCCAAUUUAUAGUGGUGAUUGGCCAGAUAUUGUGAAGCAACGGGUAUAUAGUCGAAGUAUCAAAACAAAUAUCACAAAACCUAGACUUCCCGUAUUUACUCAAGAAGAAAUUGUUUACAUCAAAGGAACUCAUGAUUUUUUGGGAAUUAAUCAUUAUUAUACUUCAUUGACUCAAGAUGAAGCGGAAGCACCCUAUAAUGAGAGUAGCUACGCUGCCGAUCUACGUGUUGCCGAUUCUUUUGAUCCUUCUUGGUUAGAUCAAUCGAAUGGAUAUUUUACUGUCCCUUUCGGUGUAUAUAAAAUACUUAAGUGGCUAAAACAAGAAUACGACAAUCCUAAAAUUUUAAUUACAGAAAUUGGAAUGACUGACGAUGGAACCAAUUUAAACGAUGAAGCUAGAAUUGAUUUUUACAAGGAUUAUUUUUGUUAUAUAUUGGAAGCAAUCCAAGAAGGUGUUGAUGUCCGAUUAAUAUCGUUUUGGAGUCUAAUUGACACCUUUGAAUGGUUAUUCGGUUAUAGUGCCCAUUUUGGAUUGUACCAUACAAAUUUCACUGAUCCAAAUAGAACAAGAACUCCAAAGAAAUCGGUACAGUUCGUCCAAAACCUUACGAAAUCGAUGAAAUUGAAUUGUAAGAAUAGAACGCCAAGACGACAUAGACUCAAAAUACCACCUCUAUUAAAAUACUUUGUAACACGUCAAAAGCCAUUUAAGCAUCUCUUAUAA